UGGAAGGGGUGGAUCACACCUGCUGGGGACACGUUCGUCGGCGAGGAGUGGGUGUGAACUUGGCCGUCGCGGGACCCCAGUGGUUGUGGGGGUUCGAGAAGAGUAGCCUGUAACUCCUCACAAAGAGGAGGGGAUUGAGGCCUUAAGCCUGCCUCACCCAAGAGUGGCCAGGGAGGCCCCGAUGGCUUGGGGGGCAGGAAGAGGGAGGACCCGAGCCCAGUGGGGUGGUCGCUGGGAAAAGGGGUUGGAAAUAGGUUCAAGACAGGGCUGAGAAGUAACCGUGUGGCGGAGUCUCAGAACUGGGGCGAGUGAUGGGAGUUUUGGUGAUGAGUCUUGGUGAGUGUGUGGCAUCGAGGUUCCGGGUGAUGGGGCUGAAGGGACUGGCAGAAAAGGCAGCCCAUAUUUGGCCCCUUGAGAUGCGAGCCCAGGAUUGUUUAAUCAUCUUUCACCAGCCGUGUUCCCCUUCUUGCAAAGGGUUUAAAGUCCGUGUUCUCUGAAGUGUUUGGAAAGGAAGAAGGACAGAGGCUCUUCUGACAGCUUAGCCCCAGGAGGCAUUUAGUGAACUGAGAGCCGGGGCUCCCACCCUAAGUGGGAGGAAACUCAGGUGCUGAAAUCUUUGCCCUCCCACCCGCAGGCUGCUACCAUGAGGUUAAAUCAGAACAUCUUGCUGCUGGGAAAGAAGGUGGUGCUGGUACCCUACACCCCAGAGCAUGUGCCUAGGUAACCAUUCCCCUGACAUGGGGUGCAAGCCAGCUCUCCAAGGUGCAGCGAGGAGGGUGAGCCUGACUUAACCCAAAUCUCAGAGGCUGUUUCUCUGAGAAGGAGAGACACUGGUGUGAGAAGUAAUUGCAUACGGGAAAAAGUGAAAACUGAAACAGAGGGCUAUGACCUCCCUGGAAGAAGUCAUCCAUCCCCCUGUUUCUCCCUCCCAUCCCCUCAGCUUUCUUUCUGGCCUUUCAGCCAGGAAUUCUUUUAUGUAAACUACACGUGUGCAAGAAAAAAAAGAUACUGUCUUCUAAUUAUAAAUGCGUGUCAUUCCUCUGGGGCCAGUGAAUAGGCUCAGUUCUUGGAAACUAAAUGUUAGCUUGUCAGAAAACUGAGCAGGUACCACGAGUGGAUGAAAUCAGAGGAGCUGCGGCGUUUGACAGCCUCCGAGCCGCUGACCCUGGAGCAGGAGUAUGUGAUGCAGCACAGCUGGCAGGAAGAUGCAGACAAGUGUACCUUCAUCGUGCUGGAUGCAGAGAAGUGGCAGGCCCAGCUAGGCACCAGCGAGGAAAGCUGCAUGGCGGGAGAUGUGAACCUCUUCCUCACGGAUCUAGGGGACCCCACCUUGGGGGAGAUUGAGGUCAUGAUUGCAGAGCCCAGCUGCAGGGGCCAGGGCUUGGGCACCGAGGCCGUCCUCAUGAUGAUGUCUUAUGGAGUGACCAAGCUAGGUCUGACCAAGUUUGAGGCUAAAAUUGGGCAAGGAAAUGAACCGAGCAUCCGGAUGUUCCGAAAGCUUCACUUUGAGCAGGUGGCUGUGAGCCGUGUCUUCCAGGAGGUGACGCUCAGACUGAUGAUGAGUGAGCCGGAGCGGCAGUGGCUUCUCGAGCAGACCAGCCACGUGGAAGAGAAGCCCUACAGAGCUGGGGCGUCGGAGCCCCGCUGACAGCCGGCCUUGCGGACCAGCCACCCUGUGUGGAUGGGGGUGUGAGACCAGAGCCCUGCAGCAGGCACACAGGGGGGCCUAUGGGGCAGGCUGCGCUGGCCUUGCUGCGGCCUGGGACUCUCCUCUUGGGGCCCUUCGGACUCCGGGCUGGACUUGCCUCGGCCUCCCUCUGGCCGGCCUUGUGGCUGAGCCACUCCAGGGCCAGCCCCUCCUCCUGGCCAAAGCUGGACUCAGACUCUUGGAAUAUGGAGUGGACGGCAUGAAUCCACGGGAAGAGGCAGGGUGGAGGUGGAGACGAGGGGGCGCCUGGUGAAUGGGCAGGACCUCCCUUUCCCCCGGAGGGCCAGAGGGGCCACCGAGGCUCUGCGGGAGUCAAGCGCACUGCACGCAGCUUGCCCUGUCCUCUCAUUGGGCCCGUGUGGAGGUGAGCUGCCGGGAGGGCCGGCCUGCGGCAUCUGGUCCGGCGUCGUAGGGACAGGGGAGGGGUAGCUCGGUCCUGUGUCAUCCAGCAGAAGCGGGUGGGUGUGACCCCGGGAGGUCUGGAAAUAAAUGAGCUCGGCCUUGAAGGACAGACAGGUGGCUUGGAAAGUGGGCGAGUGUCCUUGCUCCUUCCUCUUUGGAGCCAGUUUUGAGGGUGGCGUAGGUUAGUUUCGGAUGCAGCUGCCUGUGGCUGGAGUACCCCCGCUGCCGAGGAAGCUCCGGGCCUCCUCAGUUGCAGGGUGGCCUCCUGAGGGCACCUGCGUCCUCGCUCUCCAGGCCUCUGCCUCUGGGAGCAGCUGCACCUGCGGAGGCCACUAGGGGGUGCCAGAGGCACAGGUUCGGAUGAUUCGGCUGCUUGGCAACCGGGGCUUAACGGGCAGAGCCAGGCCGGGGCUCCCCACCUCACAGCGAGGGGGACACCCUUUGACUUCUAACCCCGUCUCAUGCCCUGUCGUAAUCCGGGGUGGUCGUCAAAAAAGUCAGGCGUGUUUCAAAACACAAUUGGACAAGAGACUCUCGAGGACACCUAGGACAUUUUCAAGGGGGGGAAACGGUCCCAGGCAAGUUGAGGCACUCGCCCAAGGCCCCAGAGCUUCUGAUGGCAGAGCCAGGACUGUGGCUGACGACUCCCAGUGCCCAGGCCUCUCGAUCCUGGCCUCUCCCAGCAGACUACGAAUCUGAAACAUGCCUGAAGUGAACACACAAACUUUGCUUGCUGGGGCCCCCAGCCCCUCAGCGACAGUUCCCUCUGAGCCACGUGUUCCUUCCACCUGUCCCCAGCUUAAUCAGAGUCAAAAGUCCUGAGGACUUCCCCACCCAGCAGGUGAGGUAGGGAGGGGCCCCUUCUCAGGCCUGCUAACCUGCGGGGGCCCUCCAUCAGGGGUCAAAGGGCAGGCUGGGGGCCCGGCCAGGCUCAGCCUAACUGCUGCCUGUGGUGCUGUGAUAAGGGUUUUGAAAGGUUUCUCUUAACGAUGGUGGGAUUCAAACCUUAACAGGUCAGAUAGUGAUGGCCAGAUAGUGACCUGCCCUUCUCUCCACCCCAGGGGCUCCACGGGUCCCCUCCCUGGUCCACUGUCUCCCUACUUGUUCUCCUCAGUCCCAGGAACCUGGCUUUUCUGAGUGGUCUCCUGGUUGGGUAGAGAACAGCCCAGGGCCAGCUUCCCUUGCUUCUGAGCACCUGCCCAGGAACCUGGCCCUGGCAGGCCACCCUGGCAGAUCUCCAGGAUGUGGCCUCAGGGGCAGAGGUAUAAGGGACCUGGGUGAGUCCUUGGAGAGUCCCCUCCAUGCCACCUGCCACAGGCACGUCCCAGGGCUCGGUGGGCCAGGUUUGUUUUCCCCCAGUCCCUCCAGUCAGGUCCACGGCCAGAUAAGAUGAGAGUAUCUGGGACCAGCUCAGGUCACUCCUGGGACUCCUGUACCUCGCUGGCUGUGGGUGGAAAGAUGAAAGCCAAAAGCCUUCUCUUUCCAAGUCUGGCUCCAUCGUGAAUUCACAGUUUGAACGCUCCUGGAAUCCGAGGUGCCUUCCCGGCGCCCUCGGAGCACGUGGGUUUAGCUCCCACUUUCCCUGAUGAAUGUCCCUCUAGGGCAGCCCCAGUGAGCCAAGCACAUGGGGGGGUGGUGGCGGGGGGACGGGGGGGACCUCAGCAGGGCCACCUAGCAGCUAUAGGCUCAAGGCCCUCGGGAUAAAGCCACCCCACCUCCCCUCCCUCCAGCUGUUCCCUACCCUCUCUGCCAGAGGCCACGCCGGGAACACCCAUGGACAGAGCUCCAAAGGAAAACACACAGGCCAAGGCGGUUUGGAGAAACCGGUUCCAUUUCGAUAGCAUUUCCUUACAACUGUGCCUGGCUCAGGGCUGGGCAGCGGGUGGCGAAACCCUCCCCGUGUUGCCCAGGUCUCUGGGGGGUGGGAGCAGAAACAAAAAAGUUCUAGGCUAAGGCCGCUGCUAUGUCCUGGGUGCAGCAACCUGUAAAUCACAUUAAUCAAGGAAACGGACGUCCCGCUAAAGUCUGUGGUACUGCACUCUUUAAAAAAAAAAAAAAAAAAAAAAUCAAACAAAA